GUCUCUGUCUUGUGUCUUCGUCUACACAGCAAUGGCAGCUUCGGAAUCAGACCCAGAUACUGGAAAUGAAGCAAUACACCACAAAACCAUAGCGGAAUCGAGAUUCAAUUGCGGUGACUUGAUGUCGGCCCUUAAUCACGCGCGGAAAGCCCUCAGCUUGUCUCCGAACACGGAAGGUGUAUCUUCCAUGGUCACCGCCUUCGAGAUCAUCAGCUUUGCCGCCGGAGAUACGCCGGAAUGGUAUAAGAUUCUAAAGGUAGAGCCUUUCUCUCACAUAGAUACCAUAAAACAACAGUAUAGGAAGCUAGCUUUGGUGUUGCAUCCUGAUAAGAAUCCAUACGCCGGGUGCGAGGAAGGAUUCAAGCUUGUGAACGAGGCUUUUAAGGUUUUCUCUGAUAGGGUUAGGAGGGCUGAGUAUGAUAUGAAGCUGAGGAUAAGGAUUCAGGGGGAGUUAGAGAGUGGUGCUUGUGGUGGUGAUGAUGAAACGUUUUCGACGGUUUGCUCGUGUUGCGGGUCGGUGCAUAAGUUUGAUAGGAAGUAUUUGGGGCACAAUUUGAUGUGCCCUAGUUGCAAGAAGAAUUUUGAGGCAAAGGAAGUUGAGAAGGAAGAAGAGGGAAGCGAAAAUGGAGCUUGUACUUCCAAGAUCAUAACAUAUAGUAGGAGAAAGAAGCGUGUUGGUGAGGAUGGUGAAACUCUGAGAAGAGCGAGUGAGACGGGAGAGAUGAGAGAGGAAGAAGCAGAAGCUUUAAAUGCAUCUGAGAGGUUGGAUGAAGAAGAUGAAGGGAUGAUGACUUUAGCAGAAAUGCAAUCAGUGAUAAAGAGAAAUAAACCGAAGGUAAAGUCGAAGAUCAGUGAGAAAAAUAGCUCUAGAGAAGAAAAGAUGGGAAGGGAAGCGCAGGAGAUAUCUUCCUGUGAUGUCUCAAUGACUGAAACUCUAAUGGAGAUGAUUACUAACAACGAGAAUGAAAAGCUAGAAGCUUUAAAGAAUAGGAAGAAUACAAAGAAGAAGAAGACGACGAAUCACAAGGAGGUAGCUGAGAUAGUGGAUUUAGAAUAUCUGCCACGGGUUGAUAGGAAAGGGGAUCGUGGUAAGUUGAGCCAAGAAGUGUACAUGGAAGACGAGGAUUUCGAAUUGUAUAAUUUUGAUAAGGACAGAAUGCCGAGGAGCUUCAAGAAAGGGCAGGUUUGGGCGAUAUACGAUGGUAGUGAUGACAAAAUGCCUCGGAGUUACUGUUUGGUAAGUGAAGUCGUCUCUUUGAACCCUUUUAAGGUAUGGAUAAGCUGGUUGGAUUUUGAGAGCGAGAAACUGAUCUCUUGGAUGAAGAUGAGUUCUUCUCAUAUGCCCUGUGGGAGGUUCCGCGUUUCAGAGAAAGUUUUGAUCGAACAAGUGAAACCGUUCUCUCACGUUGUCAACUGCGAAAGGGCUGCACGAGAAGUAUACCAAAUAUAUCCCAGGAAAGGCUCGGUCUGGGCUGUCUACUCAGAGAAAAGUCCAGGUCUUCAGAGAAGAAAGACCAGAUGCUAUGAGAUUGUUGUGUGUUUGACGAUGUAUAGCGAUGUGUAUGGCUUGAGUGUGGCUUAUUUGGAGAAGGUUAACGAGUGUAACGAUUUGUUCAAGAGACGGGAUUACGGGUAUAAUGCGGUCAGGUGGAUCGAGAAAGAGGAUGUUGCGGCCUUGCUCUCUCACCAGAUUCCGGCCAAGAAGCUGCCGGAAGAUGAAUCUGGAGCUGGUCUGAAAGAGUCUUGGGUGCUUGAUCUUGCUUCUGUUCCUCCUGAUUUGGUUUCUGCCACUUAGUAAACGUAGAUGGUUCUUCCUUUCUUUCUUUCUCUUUUUUUUUCUCAUCAUCAUGAUCAAGAGAAACAGACAUUUUCAUGUCAAUAUUUGUCUAAUUUAGUAAUUUUGAUUUAGA